AUGUCUUCCUUGUUCAAUGCUACCGAGUCUCUCAAGCAUACGACGUCUCUGCCCGACGGCGCCAGUGCGGCCAAAGCCGUGGAACUGCUCCAGGGGCACGUCUUCUUCAUUCGGUUCAACCCGCACAUGAUCAAGUACGAAGCAAUCGACAGACCAACGGACCCAGAGCCACAGCUUCCAACCGAUCGUGGCCUCACUGGCAUCGCGGCACCCAAGUGUUAUCAAGUCACGGACAGGGUUCACGCCCUUCCAGCGGGACUGUGGGACUCCGAUGUAGUGAGCACGUAUGAAUUCAUCAACCUUGACAAGGGUGUAUUUGUGAGAAUACGGAGUCCGCUGAAUACUGUUCUGGAGACUGUCUGGACUGUUCAAGGAAAAGAGGGCGGCGGCUAUGAGUUGACCGAGGACGUGGUGAUGAAAUGCUCCCGGCUCCUGGUCGGCGUCAUCAGGAACACAUGCGAAGGUACCUGGCGAGCCAUCCACGAGAAGAUGGUGGCAGAGAUCCGAAAGGAAUCAUGA